AUGAACUCAAACAAUGAGAUUAGUCAUGAUAUCAACUGUGGAAAGAUCAAACUAACGACGAACGAUUUCAAAGGAAACGAGAAAUCGACAGAUGGAUCAGUGACUAUCCAAAGUAUUCCAUGGUUUGCUAUUUCAUUGAUGAACUGGAAUAUAAUGAGUCUAUUCAGGAAUUUGAGAGUUUCUGAAACUAACAAAAAAUUGAAUUUCAAGUUGUCAUGCAAUGAGAAUUCGGCGAAUACAAUGUGGAAUUGUGAAGCUGAUAUUGAGAUUCAUGUGAACAAAUUGCAUGGAAAAAGAAGAGGAAAUUUCAAGAAGAUGAAGGUGAUUUCAGAGAAGAAAGUGUUUGAUUUCAAGAAUAAAAGUAUGGAAGGGACUUUGGUGGCUAAUGAGAAAGUGGAUGAUAUUGAAAGUUUAUUGGAGAAGAAACAAUUCGAAAUUGAAGCAAAACUAAAGUUGACGAGGAUUUAUGGAUACAGAAAGCGAAAAAUCAUUGAUUAUUCAAUUGAACAUCCUCGAUUUUCCAACGGAAUCAUUGUGGUGGAUGGAAGUGAAUUUCAUGUGAACAAACAGAUUCUGGCAAUGCAUUCCAAGUACUUUUACAAUAUGUUCUUCGGAAAUUUCACGGAGAAGAACAGUAAAAGCGUCGAAAUUCCUGGAGUUUCUUACGAUGAUUUUGUCAUUUUUCUCGAUUUCGUUCAUCCAACUGGAAGGAAAAUGGAAGUGGAGUUUGUGGAGAAUUUAAUGGAGUUGGCUGAUUUGUUCUUGGCAGAUAGAAUCAUGGAUUAUUGUGAAGAGUUUCUGAUGACAACUGAAGUUUGGGAUGUCGGUAAAAAGAUGUUGCUGGCUGAAAAGUUUUCUCUUUCUGAACUUAUGGCGAGUAUUGAUUCAUUUGGUUUCUUGGAACGAAGUAAUUUUCAGAAUCAUUGUCUCAACAGCUUCAAAACAACUAAGUCUCUUCUCGAACUGAAGAAAUCCAAUAAUUUCUUUGAUAUUUCCGAUGAAAUUAAAUCUUGUCUCCUGGAACGUGCAGUGCAACUCAACAAACAAAGAGCUCUUCGUUUCUUCUGA